AUGACAUACUCAAAAGAGUACAUGAAGAACUACCUGAAGAUCUCGCCAGUGGAUGUGCAUUUGGCGGAUGAUGGCGUGGUACAAGCAGUGGGAAAGGGAGACAUCAUCAUGUCAAUGAGGACAAAACACGGCGUCAAGAAAGGUGUGCUUACUGGUGUGUGGCACAUUCCCAAGUUGACGCGCAACCUGUUCUCUGUGGGGCGUUUUACGAAGGACAUUGGCCCCGUCACAUUUGAAAGUGACGGGUGCUUUGCUCAGUCGAAGAGUGUGAAGUGGCAGCUGGGUACGCGCAAGGGAAAGGGCUUAUUCAAGUUAUGCAUGACCCCGCUCAUGCCAGAUGAGGCAAAUGUGUCAAGUUCAACCGGUUUCAAUGGGACCAACCGGUCGUACCUCUGGCAUCUUCGACGUGGCCAUAUUGGCCAUAACGGUCUAGACUCCAUUGUCAAUAAGGGCUACGGCAUCGGCAUCAACAUCACGUCUGCUCAACAGUGGGAGAUGUGUCAAGGGUGUGCUCUUGGCAAACAAACUCGAGUAAGCUUUAAGCCAAAGUCCCCAGAGAGUGCAAAUAAGAUGCUGGAAGUCAUCCACAGCGAUGUCUGUGGUCCUAUGCAAACAGCUUCGCUCGGUGGAAGCAGAUACUUUGUCACGUUCAUUGACGAGUAUUCACACUUUAGUGUGGUGUUCAUUCUUAAAAACAAGUCUGAAGUGGCUUCUAAGUUCGCCGAAUUCGUCGCAUUUGCAGAGACUUAG